AUGCCUUCUUCCAACCCACCAGGCUCGAUACGUCGCCAUAUCCUCAGAAUCGUUAGCUUUGGCCGAUACAGGAGUCGCAGUGCAGAAGACACAGAACCGCUCAUCAAAGCCUACGGCUCCGGCCGCAGACACAGUGCACCAGCCGACAUGGAUGCGCAGUCAAUCAAACGACCUACAUACACUGCACACCAAAGCCCACGAUCUUCGAAUAGCGCUCAGACGACCAUCAUCCACGAUAUUCCACCAGGCACGGUGCCCUUCUCCAUCAACGCCUUCCGAGACCAACAUCGCGGUUACUUCGACCCUGAGUUUGAUACGCCUAGCCAAGAGUCAGAGCAAGAGAUUACAGAACAACCGUCUACUCACAGUACUCAUAUCGCAAACAUGACUAGCCGCAAGCGCAACGAAUUCCUGGAUCACGGUAUCAGCGACGAGGAGGAAGAUGCAGGCUACAACUCAGAGGAGCAAGAAGAGAGCCGUGGCGCGCGAUCAAUCAAGCGCCGAAGAGUCGAGCAAGACUCGGACGACGACUCGCAAGACUUUGACGACGAAGGCGAGGAAGCUCUGGACAAGACAAGUGCCAUCGCCACAAAAUCCGUACCUGCAGCCUCAAAGGGACGCUUCGAGCUAUCCGAUGAAGACGCCGACGACUUUGUCCCCGAAGACGACGAUGAAGACGACAACCUCGAAGACACAACAGACGCACCAAGAGAAAAAACAGUAAAACCCCUCACCCAAAAACAACUCCUCAAAGCCCAAAAGGCAGCUAAGAAAACCGGCGUCAUCUACAUUUCUCGCAUCCCGCCCUUUAUGAAACCCGCAACCCUCAAACACUACCUCUCUCCCUACGGCGACAUCGGUCGCGUCUUCCUGACCCCCGAAGACCCCAUUGCCCAAAAACAGCGCGUCCGCAACGGCGGCAACAAGAAAAAAUCCUUUACGGACGGCUGGGUCGAAUUCUUGAACAAAAAAGACGCAAAGGCUGCUGCGGAAACGCUAAACGGCAACAUCAUCGGUGGNAANAAAGGAAACUUUUACCAUGAUGACAUGUGGAAUAUGAAGUAUUUGACUGGGUUCAAGUGGAGUCAUUUGACCGAGCAGAUUGCGAACGAGAAUGCUGAAAGGGCGGCGAGAUUAAGAGCAGAGGUUGCGAGGACGAGGAGGGAAAACAAGAGUUUCGUCGAGGAUGUGGAGAGGAGUAAGAUGUUGGAAGGCAUGCGGGCAAAGAAGGCUGCCCAGGCGGACAGGGCUGGUGUUUCUUCCUCUGCUGCUGCAAGCAAACCCGCUGCUGGAGUCAGAGAGCUGAAGAGAGACUUCAAGCAAAACGAAGUCAAGAGCAAGAGAAUCAAGGACUCGACAAGGUCGGAACAGACGGAAGAUGUUCAGAGGGUUUUGAGCAAGAUCUUUUAG